AUGGCCCCACCUCCCUCUGCACACUUCCAGGAGCUCGCGCACGAGGCUCUGAACUUGAGCCGCCUCCUCCCCAGCAUCGAAAGGAAGGUCGCCAAGAUUGACGCAAUCCUGGCGAGCGAAGAGCAUGUCAAGCAGUGGGCUCAAGCCAAUGACGCAUACACCAAGUUGGUCAUCGACUCGGAGGUCGCUGCGAGUCGCCUCGUUGCGUUCCUGAAACUCUACCUUGUCAUCGGCGGCGACAGGGCUCAUGUCUCCGUAGACGAGAGAAUCUCAACGCUGUCGAUGGAUGCUGAGAAUUUGGAGUCGAUGUACAGCACCGGCAACUUCUCCGCCGAAGCAGAUGCGAUAUCCAAGUCCUUCGGCGCCACCGCGAGCGACCUACAGCACAUCAUGAGCGACAUCAUGAGCCAAGACGCCGAAAGCGCGCACCAUCAGUCUGAGGGCAGCUCUAACGAACCCGUCCAGGCGUCCACGCGCGGUGUACAAGGGAAAGGGCUCCUGUGUUCUUGGUUCAGCAGGAUGCGCCAAUCCGAAGCCUCUACGCAGCUUGAGGUACCGCACGCGCCACUCCAGCGUACGCGCGCGAGUCAUGCCGAGUCUCUGCGCGGUCUCGCGCACGAUGUCGCGCAGGGUGUUGACGAGGUGUGCAGCGUGCUCACGAAACAUGCAUCACUUUUCAACGAGGUGUUCGACAAGCCGAUAUCCAAGCUCGCGAAGGAAAUACAGGGCCGCAUCGCGGCGCUCAAGGCCGAGAAGAACGGCGUUCCUCAGGCUGAGCAGUAUCGACACUAUUCCGCCCAGGAACGCGCCAAGGAGGCGGUUCCGUACUGGACGGAUCUUGCUGCGCUUUAUGACCUUCCGGACGUGGGUCGAGGCAAGCGCGUCAUUAGCCCAGCCCAGCGGGGCUCUGGACCGAAGGCAAGUCCUACAGCGUACGGGUUCCUAGCCGGCAAGGAGGUCAAGGACGCCCACGUGGGGAACCUCGACCUGCGGGAUCAGCGUGCGGCACUCGAGUGGAUUCAAAACGGCGAUCGCAAUCGAACUCUCUUCCUCGGCGCGAUCAUGCAGAGCGGUGCGCCUAUCCCCGUCGGUGACGUCAAGAACGGUCAGAACGACUACGACGUGCGCGUAUCCGAGAUCGCGGCAUCGUCUGGCCCUCUCUCGCCGAUGAGGCAAGAUCAGGGUCAUCGCAGCUCGGACAACCUCUUCCAUGCUACACUGAGUGGGACGCUCAACCUACUUAUGCGCUACGACGAUCUCUCCGCCUCGUCAUCCGUUGUACGCAAAAAGGUGCUCACUGGAGAGUACAAUUCCCGACUCCUUGAGCCCAACGCUACCGCGUCCGCGUCCUACUCCACACUCUAUCCCCGCCACGCUAUCAGCACCACCGCGGACCCGUCCCGAGGCUCUAUCGCCGCCCCUGAUCCGAGCGGGACCGCGUUCGCCGACCUCACCGACCCACUCAUGUCGUUCCCGAAGCGCGAGCGCGCCAUUCUCGACCGUGCCGAUGCCGCGGACGCCUCAACGGCGCAAGACGAACGCACCUUCGCUCGCAGAGUCGCCGCACACACCGCUCUCCGGCCGCGCGGCGGCAGGCUCCACUCCCGCGACCGUGGCGCGCUAGCAGGUGCAGACAACCGCCUCGCUCGCACGCCUGCCGGUGACGAGCUCGUCAGCUCGAACCAGGCCACAAGAUUUCCUUUGCCGAAGCUCGAGGCGAUAAUGGCGCCUACUCGACAAGCCUGUGACCUAGCAGAAGCAACAGCUGGGCGACAAGUUCUGACGAGUCGUGAAGGCAAAGGUGCACCGAAGAUCAUGAUCGCUCUACUGGGCCAGGACGACCUUCGCCCACCGGCGCAUCUGAUGAACAGCUACCCGUCGGUGCUCAAGGGGAAGGCGCUUCUUGUUCAAGCAACCCAGAGCAACGACACCCUUCUCCGCGGCGCCGUCUUCAUGAGGAAAUUUUCACGGACUAACUCGCCCGCCCUACGCUACCCGAAGCGUUUCGGCCCCAGCUUGAUCUCAAACACCUCUUCGACGCUGGUCGCAGCUAUGGAAAGUCAAAUCGCUCUCAGCGCUCUCGAGAGUAAAUGGGCGAUGGUCUCAGCCAUCGGCAAGUGGUACACGUGGACCAUCACCUACGACCACUUCCUCACACUCGAUGUCGAGAUCAAACACAUCUGGAGCAGGAAGAUGACGAGUGCAGGGGCGAUCUACGUCGUCAUACGUUACUCCUCAUUGGUCUCCAACAUCCUCACCUUCCUCGAUUUCUUCCCUUGGCCGGGCAAAUCAUCACCAAAGUAUGCACCUGCUCGCGUCUAA